CCAAACCCCGGAUUCUGUUGGGUGACUCAUCCACCACCUUCCACCAUCAGAUUCCUUACCACCAACUCACACACGCAACAACGCAAGGGGGGCACAUCAUCGCCGUCCAAGGAAAUUCUUCCAAUUACCCUCCCCACCCCCCCUUCCCCAGAGCCCCAAGGGCAAUCAUUCUCAUCCAGGCAAAAGAAUCAUCUCACGGAAGAGGGGGACAGACAUCAACCGUCCUUCCCCCCCUUUUGUCUUUAGAAUCCAAUGGUCUCUAUGGUCGAGACCACCAGUCAUCCUAUUCAAAAUGAGCCGGCCACAGAUUUGGUCGUUCCUAAGUCGGAACCAUUGCCUGAGGGUUCGAUCAGUUCAGCAGUGUCCACGCCUGAGGCGGAUGGCGAGAUCUUGACCCAAGAUGUGGCCCAGACACAAAAGCGAAAGGGUGGAAGAAAGCCUAUCUACGCCACUUCAGAGGAGCGAAAGCAGCGCAAUCGCCAGGCCCAGGCUGCUUUCCGCGAGCGUCGCACAGAGUACAUCCGUCAGCUGGAAUCGACGAUCAAACGCAAUGAGGAGUCUCUCCAGACGCUGCAGCAGAAUCAUCGCACCGCAGCCGAUGAAUGUUUGAUGCUGCGGUACAAGAAUUCCUUACUAGAACGUAUCCUACUUGAAAAAGGCAUCGAUGUCCAAGCCGAAUUGCGACUCAAAGCUGUGCCUCCCGGGUCGGCUCCGGCGAAGCCCAACCUGAUGACAACCAAGCCCCCCUCCGCCUUGGAGCGCGCUGCCGUGAAUCGCAACUCUGCCCAAAGACAUCCCCAAGGCAUUGCCCCUAAGGAGCCUUUCGGCAUGUCUCAGCAUCGCGAUGGUGCAUACGGCAUCCCCUCUCCUCAGUACCAGGCCACGCCACCUUCGCAUGCUUCCUCCCCAUCCCACGCCAAGUCCCCUGCCUUCCCCUUCCAGGGUGCCAUGUCUCCAGCUGGCGUAGAUCCCCACAGUCAGCGUUCGCAGAUGAUUGCCCAUUCGCGGAACCUCAGCCAGACGACCCCUCCUAUGAGUAUCGGCCAGCCGGAUACAAGUGAGCCAAAGUCUUCUCUACCCGGCAGUGCGGGUCCUCGUGCUUCGCGGGUCGCUUCAGCCUACUAUCCAUCUCCUUUCCAAAAGCACUACGAUCAGCUAGAACAAGAAUAUGAUGCCCAGGCAGAUUUGAUGGACGACGAGCAUGAGUCGGCUGUCGGGGCUUCAUCCUAUGUGUCUGGCUACAAUAACCCCAGCUCCGUGACUCAGGGCGCCCAUCCGAUGGGACAGCAUGGCCUCAACCAGUACCACCCACAAGCUGGCGAGGGGGCCAACGGCACGUAUGGCACCACCAAUGCCCCGUCCACCUCCUCUAAUCACCUUCUGGGCAACUAUGAACCCAUGCUGGAUGCCGACCCAUUUGGGCUGAGUGCCAGCAUGCACUUUCAAACACCCUUUAGCUAUGAACAAAAUCAUACGCGUCAUUGAUUUCUUGUUUACCUAUGUUUGC